UGGGUCAUAUCUGAGAUUCCUGUUGGAUGAAAAAGUCAGAAAUGGCUCUGACUGCAGCUGCUGGGCAGAGCAAGAUGACAGAUUUGGGAGGAGGUGGACUUCACAACAUGUUUCCAACUGCUUGUUGACUUUUACCAAUGUUUUCCUGCAGGUGAGAAGUGAUCAUGUUGCUCCCAUCUACGUCAUCAACCUUCUCAUUUGCGACCUGAUUCAGUUCUGCUACAUGAUCGUUCAGGUGGUACCAACUGUGGAUUGGAGGAUACAUGACAUCUUCAUAUAUAUUUACCUCUCUGCUCUGUUUGCCAGUGUUUACUUCAUGGUCUGCAUCGCCCUGGAAAGGUAUUUGGUCAUCGCCCACCCACUGUGGUACCGCUUCAGACGAACCAUCAAGAGCUCUGUGGUGAUCUGUGUCCUGGUCUGGGCCAUUUCUCCUGUCUGUGUCGUCCGUUUCUAUUUCUUUGUUGAAAAUCUGGUGACAAACAUAAUGUUCAUCAUCCUCUUCCUCCUUCCCUUCCCGCUGUUAAUCUUCUUCGUGGUUGGGACCCUCAAAGCCCUGUCUGCUUCCAUCUCGGCGCCCCCUGAUGAAAAACGACGAACUGUGGGAGUUUUGGUUCUGGUGCUGCUUAUUUACACGCUGCUGUUCCUGUCCAGCAUCAUUUGGUACCUGGGUAUAAUUCAUGACACGACCAAUUUAAUUCUGUCUCUUAUGAUUGUUAGGUUCAGUCCUCUUGCAGACUUGUUCCUGUAUGUCUUCAUGAGGAAAGGGUUCAUAGACAAGCUUUUGGCCUCUGUGUGUUGCUGCAGAAUGGACAGCAAUGAUAUCAGCAGUCCAUCAGUAUGAAUGAUGUUUAUGUCAACUUGCUCUGGUUCACUGUGAUGGCUUCAACACAUGGAAAUAAAAUGUGUUUUAUUAGUUUGGA